AGGAGAGCGGCGACGAGUGGCGGUCGCGGCUCGAGGAGGAGCGGCUCGCGGGCAGGGACCGGCUGCUGAACGCGGAGCAGGAGGCGCUCGCCUCCAGGCAGGCGGCGGCGCGGCUCGAGGCGGAGCGUGACGAACUCGCCUCGCGACUCGACGCGGUGCAGAAGGAGCUCCUCAUGAAGACGGAGCACUCGACCGCCGUCCAGUCCAAGGCGCGUUCCGCCCUGAGCAGCGCGUCGGAGCACGAGGCGAUCGUCGCGCGGCUCGAGGCGAAGCUGCGCCAGUCCGAGGCCGAGUACCGGUCGGCCCGCUCCGUGCGCGCAUCGCUCGAGGCGGAGCUCUCCGCCGCGCGGCAGCAGCUCGCAAAAGGGCGCGAGGCGGAGGCCGAGGCGGCGCGGCGGCGGGGGGAAGAGCGCGACCAGGCCGAGGCGGCGCUGGCGGAGGCGCGCGGCGAGGCGGAGGCGUUGCGGCGGGCGGCGGGCGCGGCGGAGAGCGCGCGCGCGGAGCUGCAGUCGAAGCUCGACGCGGCGACCCGCCGGCGCGACGACGACGCCGCGGCGCACAGGGGUGCGCUGCAGCAGCGGGAGCGGCGCGUCGCAGAGCUCGAGGGCCAGCUCGAUACGGGGAAGCCGUCCGAGGCUGCGAUGUUCAACAUUGCGCGCGACCAGGCCAAGCGCGACGCCGAGGCGGACAAGCUGCGCGCGCAGCUCGCCUCGCUGCGCAAGAUGCUCAAGGAGUCGCACCGCGUGCUCUCGCACCUGAUGAAGCAAGAAAGAAGAGGCGGCGCACCACAGGCGGAGCUGGCCGUCACGCGACGCGACCUCGAGCGGCAGCAGGGCCUCAACGCCGUCUACCUCAAGAACGAGCACAUCCGCCUCGCAAGGGUGCUGGGCACGGUGCUCUCCUUCUCGCCCGAGGAAACGGCCAAGGUGGAGGCGCGGAUCGCAGAGUAUUCGGAGUCGUGGUGGGGCGGCCCCGCGAGCCUGCUGCGCGACUCGCAAGCCGACGGCUACGCCGGCCUCACGGGCAGUCUCACCGAGACCAUCACGGCGCUGCCCACCGCACUCAGCUCGUGGUUCUGGGGCGGCGGCACCGCCGCGCCCGCAGCAACAUCGUCGAGCUCGUCGGCGCGGCCAGCCCUCGCCUCCCUUACUACGCCCGGCCGACCGUGA